GGGGCUUAAAAUAUCCCAGCUGUCUUCGAAGGCUCUUGCCUGUCACUAAUCCGUUCGUUUUUUCCUUUUUCUGUAGAUUGGCGUUCACUGGAUUGGCUGUAGCAGAUGUCAGUCAGUGGUGUACAAGCUUCUUAACAGCGCGGAGUAAACAGCAUUUGCAUGUUUUUCGUCUAAUAAGAUAGUAAGGGAGUUAGGCUAAAUAUAGCCGAGGUUUGUAGCUGUAAGAGGUCAGGAGGACCGUAUUCGCUUAUAACCUCUACACAUCUGUCAGCGGCGAGAAAAGUAAAUUGAUUUGCUUAAAGCGAUAAACUGAAGAACGACAACCACGAGAUCGAGAUGCCUGCACAUCAAAGUAGAUCCAAAACAAGGGAUCGGAACAAUGUCCUGAACAGACCCGAGUUCAUGUCACUGAACCACCCUCUAAGGAAUAGUAGUAGCGGUGAAGUUCGGGGGUCUGCGAGACGAGGCGGCCAAACGAAGCACCAGCAGUGCCCGCACCAACAGACUGAUCAUGCACAGGAAUCGGUCGAACAUAACAAGGACCGAAGGGAAUCUGUCAAAUUACCCGAAGAGGACUGCAUGCAGCUUAACCCCUCCUUCAAAGGCAUAGCGUUUAACUCCCUUUUGGCGAUCGACUUGUGCAUGUCCAAGCGCCUGGGGGUUUGCGCCUAUUCCUACUCCUCCUGGGGCAGCAUCCGCUCUAUCGUGGGCCUCCUGGCGCUCACCGGCCACUUCAUCCCGUGGAUCUGUGGCACCAUUCUGUGUCUCAGCAGAAGCAACACGUUGGCAGGGCAGGAGGUCUUGGUCAACCUUCUACUCGCUCUCAUUCUGGACGUGAUGACCGUCGCUGGUGUGCAGAAGCUUGUGAAGCGUAAGGGACCCCUGGAGUUGAGCCCCAGCUUCCUGGACUACGUGGCUAUGGAUGUUUACUCGUUUCCAGCAGCCCAUGCGAGUCGGGCGGUCAUGGUGGCCAAAUUCCUGCUGUCGCACUUGGUGCUGGCCGUGCCUCUGCGCAUUCUCCUGGUGCUGUGGGCCUUCCUGGUCGGGGUCUCACGGAUCCUGCUCGGGCGCCACCACCUGACCGACGUGGGCUGCGGGUUCGCCCUGGGCUUCCUGCACUACAGCCUGGUGGAGAUGGUGUGGCUGCCCUCCAGCACCUGCCAGACCCUCAUCUCCAUCGGCACACUCAGCUGGAGUCCCUUUAUUUAAGGCUUAAACGCUGCAUGCACGACGCUCGCACUCCUUUCAUUUAGGUGCCCACUCCUCGUUUUCUGCCGGCUAUCCGCUCCUUCUUCCCAUUCGCUUCCGUUUUUAAAAUUAGUUUGUUCGUAUAAUGCCAAAGCAUACGUAAAGAAUGGUUCGCUUUUCCAUCAGUGUCGUGGUGGAUAUUUCAGCUGGGAGUUUACAAUGCCUCUUAAACGCUCGUUAAAUUUCAGAAAUGUCAUCUCCAAGUCGUUUUCCCUGUUGUCAGCAUGACAAUCGAAAAUGAAGAGUUUUUGCGCUGAUAAACAGUGUCAAACAUGGGCUGUGAGAGCUCAGUUUUCCUUGUCUCCUUUUCAUUUGCGGAGUAGCAGUUUUUAUGAAAAUUUCAGGAUCACAUCUGCAAAUACGGAUCAGGGACUUAGCAGCUUUGGUUCAUUUGCACGUUCAGAAUUUAAAAAUCCAACACUUUCUACUGCUCCUCUGAGCCCGCUGCUUGGUCUCUAUCCCCCGUCCAUCCGUCUCCUAUCGACACACUGCACAGAUUACUGUUCCAAGUAGAAGUGACUAACCUGACAUUUUUAUAUGUCAAAAUUUAACGCCGCUUUUCAUACGAUUAGAAUCACCAAAUAAUUUUCCCUAAAUAUUUAUCAAUAAACAAACAUGGACAACCACUGUCAGAUCGUUGUUGUUUCUUAUGCUACUGAUUUCGCAUAAGAAGUUGUUCAUUCGUCUGUGUUAUGCAGUGUGACGGUUGGCUUUCCACUUUUCAACAAUCUAUGCAGAAAUUUCAGGUGUUAGUUAAUGCAGUCUAAAAAAAAAAUCGCUUCCCUCUUAAACUGUUCAGUAGUUUAGAGGAACUUCACUGAAUCAACGUUUGAGAAUCAAGUCUCAGGAAUUUUUUUCUUUCCAAUGGACAAGCGCACUGAGGUGGAUCUCGUACACGGAUUGGACCUACAUCGUCUUGGGAGUAUUUUGAAACUGGGGAAAGUUUCUCUGUGAAUGGGACUCCAGAGGGCUGUUACAGCCCAGUUUGACUGAGCUUCUGAUGCUUUUUGUAUUUUUUUGUUCUGCAGGGUAUGGUGCCUGACCCCCUGGUCCCCCAAUACUGUCCAGCUACAGAUUUAACCCUGGUUACUCAUGGCAGUGAAUGAAUGCUGCUGUCAUUGGACCCAAAGAUUCACCACAGUCUGAAAAACUCUGAGUAGCUUCUGUAUUCAUCACAGUGAUAUAUUUAUCGAAAUAAGAGUUUAAUAACAUGUACGUGCUUGCAGGAGAGACGGUACAGUUUGUUACCUUUCAUCAUUUCUUUUGGUUGGGAGGCAGAUUUAAUCUUGUUGCAGUGAUAUAUUGCUGUAUAACUGUAGGAUACUAGCAAUAAGUCCAUCAUGCAAAUCUGUCGUCAUUUAGGGAUUAACUAAUUCCCUGUCUACAGGAAGCACACUUACAGAUUUUGUACAUCAGUUACUGAAAAUCGCAUAAUUUCAUCGGUUUUGUACCAGAAUGCUUGCUUUGAUUACUUGGUGUAGACAGCACUGUUAAUAAACCGACUGCAGGGCAGUAAAUACCAGGUGGCAAUUCUUCUGUGGUAACUCACAGACGUUCAUUUGGGCUAAACAUGAUAGGUCACAUUUAUUGUUGUUUACCACUGACACUUAGAAAAUAUAAAUAUUUAUAUGAAGUAAGCAUUCUGUGACCUUGAGUGUUUCUGCGUGUGAGAUAUGGAUGUGAAACUGUAUGCGUAGGUGUCAGGUUGAAAGAUUAGUUGUCUGGCCUUGUGUAUCUUAGCAUUUGUCAGGUACACCUGCUGCAUUAUUAUCACCUGAGUGUGUCAGGUGCUGAGUGCAAUGGCAGCCAUUUUCCAACACUGUCUUUGAACAUAGUGACUCCUUCGUUGUUUUUUUCUCCUUCCCCAGAGAUCAUUUUUAGUUGAGUUUAAUUUUCUGCUUCAGCUUCUCUUACCAAGAUUUUUGAGAGAGUCCUGAAUUUGAAAGAGAUGUUCUUUUGUUUAAACAGAAAGAGUGUUUAAUUUAAGAUGACUGUUCGAUAAACUUUUGGUUAUGAGUAUGGUUUAAAAUUUGCAUGAUUUUCUUUUAUAAGAAGAUAAGAACUGUGUGAAGAUAUAAUUAAUGAAUGUAAAAUAUUUCAAUAAAAAGGGAUUCAACCUA